GGGAAGCUGGGGGAGGGGUGAGGAUGGAGGGAACCUUGACCGGGAGGCAGAGCGGGCCCGGGCCCGGCAGCCUGGGCUGGGCUGGACGGAAGCGGGGACAGCUCUGGGGAGUGCGCUUUUUCCUCUGCCCCGCCCCCUGGGACCACCUCCCCUCCCCCCUGCUGUCCGAGGCCGCGAUCUGGCGGGUGGCCGUUAGUUAGCUUUCCCGAGGCCGUUCCUUGAGGCCUCUUUCUCCGGGGUCGAGGAGAGGCCGUCUCCCUACGGUCACGGCCGGCCCCAUCUCAGCGCCCAGCCCUACUCGUGAGGAAAAGGCCGGUUGGGAUUUCGGGGCUUUCCCGCCAGAGCAGGUCUUCUCUCAGGGGAAAGCUGUUUUCAUCGGGAAGCUCAGCUUUUCUGUUAUACGUGCUUCACCUCCCGCCUUCCUUUAGGCUUGAAAGAUAUUUCUCGACUACUUCUGCGUCUCAUGUAAACAUUUCUCCAACUCUUUUACUCUGUGGUAUCUCCCAGAGAUGUGAUACCGCUAGUGCCACCACCAGAAAGAAACGUCUGGACCCUCCUGCCCAGGUUAUGAAAAUCCCCUUAACUGCCGCCGUUUGCUUACCUGGACUUUGUAUCUUUGCUGAAGUCAGUGAUGUGAAAACACCUGACAUGGAUGAUAUUGCUGAUAGGAUGAGGAUGGAUGCUGGAGAAGUAACUUUAGUGAACCACAACUCCAUAUUCAAAACCCAUCUCCUGUCACAAACAGGUUUUUCAGAGGACCACCUUUCACUUUCUGACCAUCAGAUUUUACCUUCCAGGCAAGGAAAUUUGGACCGGUCUUAUACUUGUUCUACAAGAAGUGCAGCUUAUAGUCCAAACUAUUAUUCAGACAACACUUCCUCAGACAGUUUUAUUGGCUCAGGAGACCUAAGAACCUUUGGCCAGAGUGCAAAUGGCCAGUGGAGAAAUUCCACUCCGGUAUCAGGUUCAACUUUACAAAAAUCAAGAAACAGCCGAAGUCUUUACCUCGAAACCCGAAAGACCUCAAGUGGAUUAUCAAACAAUUUUACAGGAAAGUCAAACCAUCACUGCCACGUGUCUGCAUAUGAAAAAUCUUUUCCUAUUAAACCUGUUUCAAGUCCAUCUUGGAGUGGUUCAUGUCGUCGAAAUCUUUUGAGCCCCAAGAAAACUCAGAGACGACAUAUUAGCACAGCAGAAGAGACAGUUAAAGAGGAAGAACGAGAGAUUUACAGACAGCUGCUGCAGAUGGUCACAGGGAAGCAGUUCUGUAUAGCCAAACCCACCACACAUUUUCCUUUACACCUGUCUCGAUGUCUUAGUUCCAGUAAGAAUACUUUGAAAGACCCAUUGUUUAAAAAUGGAAACUCUUGUGCAACUCAGAUCAUUGGCUCUGAUACUUCUUCAUCUGGAUCUGCCAGCAUUUUAACUGCCCAGGAACAAUUGUCCCACAGUGUGUUUUCCUUAUCGUCUUACACCCCAGAUGCUGGUACAUUUGGAUCCAAAGAUUCUGAUCCUGUGCAUCAACCCGAACAUGACCACUCUCUUUCACAUCAGCCAGAUAACUUACCAGCUUCAAAUACAGAAUCUGAAGGAUCAGACUCUGUGAUUUUACUCAAAGUGAAAGACUCCCAGAUUCCAACUCCCAGUCCUACUUUUUUCCAGGCAGAGCUGUGGAUCAAAGAAUUAACUAGUGUUUAUGAUUCUCGAGCACGGGAAAGAUUGCGCCAGAUUGAAGAGCAGAAAGCACUGGCAUUACAACUUCAAAACCAGAGACUGCAGGAACAGGAACAUUCAGUACAUGAUUCAGUAGAACUGCAUCUUCGUGUGCCUCUUGAAAAGGAGAUCCCGGUCACGAUCGCCCAAGAAACAGGGAAAAAGGGUCAUAAAUUGACUGACAGUGAAGACGAAUUUCCUGAAAUUACAGAGGAAAUGGAGAAAGAAAUAAAGAAUGUAUUUCGUAAUGGGAACCAGGAUGAAGUUCUGAGUGAAGCAUUCCGCUUGACCAUUACACGCAAAGAUAUUCAAACUCUAAAUCACCUUAACUGGCUCAAUGAUGAGAUCAUCAAUUUCUACAUGAAUAUGCUGAUGGAGCGAAGUAAAGAGAAGGGAUUGCCGAGUGUACAUGCAUUUAAUACCUUUUUUUUCACUAAGUUAAAAACGGCUGGUUAUCAAGCAGUGAAACGUUGGACAAAGAAAGUGGAUGUCUUUUCUGUUGACAUUCUUUUGGUGCCUAUUCACCUAGGAGUGCACUGGUGUCUUGCUGUUGUGGACUUUAGAAAGAAGAAUAUUACCUAUUAUGACUCUAUGGGUGGGAUAAACAAUGAAGCCUGCAGAAUCCUCUUGCAAUAUCUGAAGCAAGAAAGCAUUGACAAGAAAAGAAAAGAGUUUGACACCAAUGGCUGGCAGCUCUUCAGCAAGAAAAGCCAGGAAAUUCCACAGCAGAUGAAUGGAAGUGACUGUGGCAUGUUUGCCUGCAAAUAUGCUGACUGCAUUACCAAAGACAGACCAAUCAACUUCACACAGCAACACAUGCCCUACUUCCGGAAGCGGAUGGUCUGGGAAAUCCUCCACCGAAAGCUCUUGUGAAGACCAUCUCAGUUAGCAGACAUGGACUUGUGGGGGACCAGCUCUUUGUUGUCUACAGCCAGAGACCUUGGAGACAGCUGCUCCCAACCCUCUCUUCUUGUAAAGUCCUUGAUCCUGGACCAGGCCCUGGAGAGAUGCACUCACAAGCACAUCUGCCUUUCCUUUUGUAUCUCAGAUACUAUUUUUGCAAAGAAACUUUGGUGCUGUGAAAGGGGUGAGGGACAUCCCUAAUCUGAAGAGAGAGACUGCUUUUCACUUCUUCAGUUCUGCCAUCUUGUUUUCAAAGGGCUCCAGCCUCACUCAGUCUCUUAAUUAGGGGCCUGAGAGAAGCUUGGAAGGACUCUUGGUUUCGUAUAAACUCUUGUUGUUAGGCCUUACUAAGAGGUAGGAAUGGAUGUGGGUAAAAACGUAGGGAUGAAAACCACCAGCAUAUACACGCACACAUACAUACACACAGGAUUUUCAAAACGUGUCACCAGGAUAGUGACUGUAAACUGGACUUUGGGGCACUUGCAUAAGGCUGUCCUCCAGGACUUGUCCUUUUUACAUGCCCCUUGUGAAGUCCGUCUGCUUCUGUACAAGGCUGUUUUAUUAUCUGUAGCUUCUUCCCCUCCUGAGGCACCACAUGUGAGCCCUGGGUGGACCCCAAAGUCCCAGGCAGUCCCUUCCUUAAAAGCAGUGGUUUGCAUGUGCUCACAACACAUGAUAUGGGGAAGACCCACCCAGGGAGUGGUUUAGUGGAGCAACAAAGGCGCCACUUUUACUGCUACCUACUUCUGACCAAGAAGAAGAAGGACCUCAGUCUUUAGCAUAAAAUUCCAGCUUUGGAUGAAUGCAGGUCUAGUUUGGUCUGUGGCUAGCUAGUUUAAAUAUGUUUCUAACCACAGAGAAUUUAAUAUAUAUAUAUAUAUUUCACAGGGAUAUGUUUUUUUUUUUUUUUAAGGCUGAAUGUGUUCACCAUUUUAGCCUGUAGAUUUAUUACCAUUUUCCAAAUUUAGCUCCAGCACACACAGAUCCCAGCCCCUAUGUGUAGGGUGUUUGUGGACUUCCUAACAGAGUAUUUUGAGGCCUGGACGAAUUUCGGCUUGGGGUAGAGGUUACAGAGGAAGGCAAGAUUUUCAACUGGAAAACGGGUGGAAUUUGGACUGAUCAACUUGAGAUUGAAAAACUGCUAUUCUUUUUGUUCCUUGUAGCAUCUCCCCCACCUUUUGAGCGCUCCUCAGGCUAGAUAGUGAAACGAUCCAAUGCCAGUGUCAUUUUGUACCUAAGUUCCAAAAUAGGAACAUUUUAUACUUUUUUCUGUAUUGUUAAUAGGUAGUUUUGUAUGAGAUCUUUUCUCCUCUUCCCUUGUACCUCAUCCUUUCCAACAUUGUGCUUUCUCCCUGGGCUUAUUUGAAAAUUUUACUCUGUUUUAUAUCAAGCUUGUUUAGUACAUUUUUCUAUGUGUUACCACAGGUUACAAUUUGAAAAGAAAACUAUUUUUUUUAAAUAUUCCAUUGUUAACUGAAUGUUACUGUUUCCACUCCAGCAACUAGAUGUCCUGCCUUUUUCAUACUGCCUGCCUUUGGGGGGGAAGACCACCUUUUGUUUAUUUUCUUUUUUUUUUUUCCUCUUUUUCCUUUUUUUUUUUUUUUUGGUGUUUUCUGUAGGUAAUAAAUAGCUUUCUACAUAU